AUGACCUGGGUUACAUUUCCAAACCAAUCCUUUGCUAGAGUCAAAGUUGGAACGAUCGACCCGUGGGCACCUCCUGGCAAGCAGCUGUCUGUUUCUGAUGAUGACAUUGUCUGGCCCAGUUGGUUCAAUCAGGGUUUUGUUGGUGGACCCAGUUUCAUCUCUCACUGCUACCCAUCUCUAAACUCUGCAGAUUCUGAGUUUGAAAGCUUGUUUUCUGAAUGCCUUACCAUCCUCUUCUUUCACUUGUGGAAGGUGCAACCUCUUUCCCUGUGCAGUGAUAAAUGCCAUUCUGGUUACAGAAAGACCAAAAUUGAUGGGGAACCAUUUUGUUGCUACGAUUGCACUCCGUGUCCAGCAGGGAAGAUUUCAAACCAGACAGAUAUGGAUGACUGCUUCCAGUGCCCAGAAGAUCAAUAUGCCAAUAAUGAUCAAGAUUCGUGCCUUCUCAAGGAUUUAAGUUACCUGUCCUAUGAAGAGACUUUGGGGACUGGUUUGGCCACUUCAGCCCUCGUGCUUUCUUUCACCACAGCUUCUGUGCUAGGAAUCUUCCUGAAGUACCAAGACACUCCCAUCGUCAAGGCCAACAACUGCAGCCUCUCUUUUACCCUCCUCAUCUCCCUCCUCCUCUCCUUCCUUUGUUCUCUUCUCUUCAUUGGGAGACCCAGGAAGGUGACCUGUCUCCUUCGAAAGACUGCUUUUGGGAUCAUCUUCUCAGUGGCGGUUUCUUGUAUGUUGGCCAAAACCAUCACUGUGGUUCUCGCUUUCAUGGCCACCAAGCCAGGAUCAAGGAUGAGGACAUGGGUGGGAAAAAAACUGGCCUUUUCUGUUGUUUUCUCAUGUUCCUUUAUUCAAGCCACACUUUGUGCUGUCUGGCUGGGAAUCUCUCCCCCCUUCCCAGACAUCAACAUGCACUCCAUAAUGACUGUAAUCAUUGUGGAAUGCAAUGAAGGGUCAGUUGUCAUGUUUUAUUGUGUCUUGUCUUUUAUGGGCUUCCUGGCUCUGGUCAGCUUUGUUGCAGCUUUCCUGGCCAGGAAGUUACCAGACAGCUUCCAGGAAACCAGAUCCAUCACGUUCAGCAUGCUGGUGUUUUGCAGUGUGUGGGUGUCCUUUGUCCCUGCCUACAUGAGCACCAAGGGGAAGUACAUGGUGGCUGUGGAAGUCUUCUCCAUCCUGGCCUCCAAUGCUGGGCUCCUGGCUUGUGUCUUUUUUCCCAAAUGCUACAUCAUCAUGGUGAGGCCUGACCUGAACAAAAAGGAGCAUCUAAUAAAGAGAAUUAUUUAA